AUGGGCCUUUGCCAGAGUGAAGAAGAAAAGAAGCUGCAGCAGCGGAGCAAAGCGAUUGAUCGAAAAAUCAAGGAAAGCGCCGUGGAAUAUGCGACGGUUGUCAAACUACUUCUGCUCGGUGCUGGCGAAUGCGGCAAAAGUACAGUAUUGAAGCAAAUGAGGAUUUUGCACAACAAUGGUUUUACGGAAGAUGAACUGAUGAAGCAACGCUCUGUAGUUUACAGCAACACAAUUUACGCAGUGGAUGCUGUGUUGCGUGCUAUGGCUCAGUAUCACGUCACAUUCAGCAAUACUGCCAGAGAAGUAAGUCUUAAUUUAAAGUUAACUCCUAUUAACCUUACAAGUCAGUCAUUAAGACAGGAAAAGCAUUUCCCUCUGGCUCAAGUGGUUUUGCUUUUACUAGCAGUACUGGCCACUGGAUGA